GCAGGCGAAGCCGGCUUUGGAGAGCUGCUGUGGCGGCGGCAACAUGGCGGACGUGAUAAAUGUCAGUGUGAAUCUGGAGGCCUUUUCUCAGGCCAUCAGUGCCAUCCAGGCGCUGCGCUCCAGCGUGAGCAGGGUGUUCGACUGCCUGAAGGAUGGGAUGCGGAACAAGGAGACGCUGGAGGGCCGGGAGAAGGCCUUCAUUGCGCACUUCCAGGACAACUUACAUUCGGUCAACCGGGACCUCAAUGAGCUGGAACGUCUGAGCAAUCUGGUAGGCAAGCCAUCUGAGAACCAUCCUCUUCAUAACAGUGGGCUGUUAAGCCUGGAUCCUGUGCAGGACAAAACUCCUCUCUAUAGUCAACUCCUUCAAGCAUAUAAAUGGUCAAAUAAGAUAAACCAAGCACACUGUUCUGGACACUGGGGCUGUAGCUGUGAGGACUAGAAGAGAUACCUACUGCUACGGGGCUCGCAUUCUCAGCAGAUUUUGACCUAAAAGCAGAGGACAUUUCUUUGUAUGUCCAUUCAUGUCCAGCACUGUGCUCUGCAUCCAACAGGCCAUCCCCAUUCUCAGCACAUUUUUAUUGAACGUUCAUGUAGACCCCUCUGCUAGGUCUGUGAGGCUUGUAGAAUGGAGUUCGAGACAGUUCCAGCAUUCCUGUGGCAUACCCUUUGGGAAAGAGUAAAGAUAGAUACACACACAAAAACCCCACACUAUCACGUACAGUGGUCAGCCCUGGAAAAGGUGUUUCAGAAAGCCUUCCGGUCUGGCUUGAGCAACUUCAGUUCAUCACGGCUCCCUGCAUGCCAGGUACUUAAAGGGAAAUGCAGCCUACUUAUUGGGUAUUGAGGACCAAAAGGACACAUGAGAUGUCACACAAGUUGCCUGUUAUUUUCUCACUCCUCUGGAUGGACGUGAUUGAUGAUGGAUGUGUGAAUAUUCCGUCUUGGGCAUUCCCAGCUGGCUCAUUUUGGUUGCUCAGCUUGUUCCUCACAGCAGAUUUUGGAAAGUUUGCAUAAGGCUGCUGAGCAUCAUUGGAGUUGGAGUAGGGAGCGUGCACGUCGGAGAAGCCCUUCUCUGUCGGGCUCAACUCUCUUAUGGCCCAGCCAUCCCUGUGCACUCCCUUCCCCAAAUCUACCAGGAACAGACUUGGGUUGACUUGUCUAUCUUCCCUCAGGUUUUUUUCAUCAGACACAGCUCUUCCAGUUAUUGGCACAGUCAAUCUUAAGGCUUAGUUUAAGUAUUAAUGGCUGAACGAUCUCAGCCUAUUAACACUAAUCGUAAUAAUAUUUAUUGAAUGUGUGCUUUUUGCCAGCCACUUUGCUCAGCCCUUUUGAUGUUCUUAACCCUCACUAACUCCAAGAACCGGAGUGUGAUUUUGCUCAGUGAAACCUGAGAUUGUUUCUAGAGUAAUCGAAUAGUAUUGAGUAGCAGUGUUAUCCCCAAUAGUAGAAGAGAGCUGAGGCUUCAGAACGUUGAAGAACUCUCCCAAGGUCAUAGAGGUGGUUAAGGAGAGGGCCUCUGGUGUAUAUCCAGAUGGUGGACUGCAAACUCACCCUCUUUAAAGGAGUAGAACUCUUUCUCUGCCUAGAUCUUGUUGAUCAGUAGAAAAUUCAUUCUGAUCUGUUGUUUAUUUUAUACCAAAAACAUGCCCAUUGUUAUUAAUAUGUAUGACUUCGGCUUUUUUUUUCUUCCAAGGGGAAAAAUCAUAGCCUUGUAUUUACGUGGGAAAAUCCUGACACACAGGCUUCCACCUGCAUUACCUUUUCUCAUACUCUCAUAUACUGUGUGUAGCAAUCAGAACUUAAAUAGACCGACAGAAAUCCUUUAGCAGUCCAACGAAAAGUACUGUGGGAGCCUGGAGAGAAACUUUGAUCUUCUAGUACCAGGUUCUUUGCUAGAUGCAUAAGAAGCACUCUUAACCUGAUUGCUUAAUGCAUCAAGCUUGAGCCAACUUUCUGGGCAUUUAGGUUGUGUGUAGAUUAAAAAGAACAAUCUCUACAGUGUAUUAGAAGGAGCUGGCCAACGAAUCCUCAGCAUUGCCUUUCAUUUAGAGUGCAUACCUUGUUUCUGCAGGCCUUAUACAAUUGUCCUUAGGAUUUUUUUCCCCAAGUGUUUUACUCAGAAUUGCCCAAGAUGCAUCAUCUUGUAAUAGAUUGUGUUCGUCAGUUGCAUGAGAAGAAUUCUGAGUUGGGUUUCCUCCUCAAUACAGCCACUCAUUUAGAACGACUUACUGGGUAUAUUUUUCCUUUUUUCACAUUACAUUUAUCAGUUUAUUAUCUGACAUGCUUAGAGUGACAGGCUUUGUCACUCUAAAAGGUGAUCAUUCUAAUCAGUUUUGUGAAAACUGAGUAAUUCCUGGUGUUUUUGGAGGAUGCAAAUUUCUAGGUAUGGUCACUUGUGAAAAUCACAAGAAUAGCUCUUUCUUUGCCUGUUUGCAGUGUGCUGGGCACUAUGCUUAAGGCUUUUGCACACCUAAUUCCAACAACCAUUCUUCAUCUGUAAGAAGAGGCUGACAAUACCGCCCUCCAUGGGUUUGUUGUGAGAUAGGGAAAAGGCACUUUGAAAGCCUGCCUUAGGGACUGUGCGCCACAAACAUAAAAACAACUCUCUCCUUACGAGGUUGAACAUUGCCUCUCUUAUUGAGCUGAUAAAGAAAGUGGCUCAGAAGGGAGGAAAAACACCCAGAAUCACUCAUGUUGAGCUGGGGUUUGAACUCGGGCCCAUCUCACUGCAAGGCUGCGUCUUCUGUGCAUUAGGCCACACUGCCUCCAGAGUGUCAGCCUUUGCUGCUUCAUGGCCACGUACAAAGGAAAGCAGAUGCCUUCUUGGACCCGCUGCCUCCUCAUAGUCCUGAGCCACCGGGCCUUGUUCUUCCUAUUCCCAAAAGGACAAUGCAGUUAUUCAAAAUGAUCAAUAAAAAAAUUUCUUCUUAA